UUUUGCAAAUGCAAAGGUGAUUUCAUCAGAGUUUUUCCGGCGGCGGUUCUAAGAUGCAGAUUCCCGCAUCAGUUCGAGCGCCGACGUGGGUCUCGAAACGGAGGCUCUUGGAGCAAAAACUCUUACAAAUUCACAAGUGCACAGACCUAAACCACUUGAAGCAAGUUCACGCACUCGUAUACAAAUCCAAUCUUCACGCAGACCCUUUCGUCGCCACCAAGCUCGUCGCCGGCUUCUCGCUCUGCCGCCAAAUCGCGUUGGCGGUCAACGUCUUCAGCCAAGUUGUAGAACCCAAUGUGCACUUGUACAACGCCGUAAUCAAAGCCCAUAUCCACAACUCGCAGCCCUCGCAAGGGUUUGCUGUUUUCUUGCAGAUGCAAUGUUGUGGCGUUUCGCCGGACAAUUUAACUUACCCUUAUCUGUUGAAGGCCUGUUCGGAUGAGUCUCGGUUGAAUAUUUUGAGAAUGAUUCAUGCCCAUAUUGAGAAAAACGGGUUUAAUUCGGAUAUUAUUGUAUCCAAUUCCUUGAUUGACGCGUAUUCCAAGUGCGGGAACACUGGGAUUUGUUCUGCCAAACAGCUGUUUGGGGUGAUGGAUCAUAGAGAUGUGGUGUCCUGGAACUCUAUGAUUAGUGGGUUGUUGAAAGCUGGUGACUUGGUUGAAGCUCGGAGACUGUUCGACGAAAUGCCUGAGAGAGACGUAGUGAGUUGGAAUACGAUAUUGGACGGAUAUGUGAAGGCUAGAGAAAUGAAUGUGGCGUUCGAAUUGUUCGAGAAAAUGCCAUCGCGGGAUGUUGUUUCUUGGUCUACUAUGAUCUCAGGGUAUUGCAAAGCAGGGGAUAUGGAGAUGGCUCGGAUGUUGUUUGAUAAAAUGCCUUCAAAGAAUGUGGUCUCGUGGACAAUAAUUAUAACUGGCUAUGCUGAGAAAGGGCUUGUGAAGGAAGCCAUUGGAUUGUACACUCAGUUGCUGGAGGCUGGUUUGAGCCUAGAUGCUGGAACAUUUGUCAGUAUUUUAGCUGCGUGUGCAGAGUCCGGUACGCUCGGUUUGGGUAAAAGAGUUCAUCGUACUAUAGAACGGAGUGGUUUUAGUCGAAAUACUCUGGUCUGCAAUGCUCUGAUUGAUAUGUAUGCCAAGUGUGGAAGCUUGAGCAAGGCAUUUAUUGUGUUUAAAAGGACAAGAAAGAAAGACUUGGUAUCUUGGAAUUCCAUGAUACACGGCUUCGCUGCGCAUGGACAUGGAAGAAAGGCGCUCGACCUUUUCUCUAGGAUGAAGCGCGAAGGGUUUGUGCCCGAUAAAGUGACAUUUCUUGGCCUUUUGUCUGCGUGCAGCCAUGCAGGUUUUGUAGAGGAAGGCAUUUCGAUCUUCAAUGCCUUGCAGAGUGAUUACGGGGUUAGUCCUGAAGUACAGCACUACGGUUGCUUGAUCGAUCUCUUAGGCCGUGGUGGACGACUCAAAGAUGCUUUUGCACUUGCCCUUAGCAUGCCAGUUGAACCGAACAUUAUAAUCUGGUGUUCCCUUUUGGGGGCAUGCCGCAUGCAUAAUGCUGUUGGGUUCGCGCAAGAUGUUCUAAAUCACUUAGCCGAAGUGGACACAACAUAUUCGGGAAAAAUUUCCGUGCUAUCGAAUAUUUAUGCUGCAGCGGGUGAGUGGUGCAGUGCUGCAAAUAUGAGAUUGCUAAUGAAGGACAUCGAGAAGCAAAAGCCAUCCGGUGUAAGUUCAAUAGAGUUGACUGAUAAGCUUCACGAAUUCGCUGUGAUGGACAGUGUUCAUCCCAAAUCAGAUAGGAUUUAUCAGAUGAUAGACGGAUUGAGUCAUCAUCUUAAACUGCUAGGUAGCGCCCCCGCUGCUCUAUGUGAGGAACACUGAUCGUUUCUCAACCACACCACGUUUAGCCUGUAAGUAUUCCAUCAUAUCCAAGAUGAUGACUUGAGUACGAGUUGUAAUUAUAUGCUAAUACUGUCGAUAAUCUUGUUGCUAGUGACAUAUAAGAAUCGGUCUUUGAUCUUAUGGUUACAUUAUCAAUUGCCUCAAA